AUACUUGAUCAGUAGCAUGCCUUCUAACAAGUCAUUCAUCACCAAGGUCAAGCUUGGCAAGGCCCAAAAGCAAAACCGUCCUUUGCCUCACUGGUUCCGUCUCAAGUCUGACACCAAGAUCCGCUGGAACGCCAAGCGUCGCAACUGGCGCCACACCAAGUUGAACAUCUAAGGAUUCAAGUUCAUUUUAUUUACUGGCACUUUUUAUGUGAAGAACAAACUGGUUUUCUCUUUUCUUUUCAAUGAUCUUGAUUUUACUUAGUUUUAUUUGGAAAUAAAGAUGAAUCGUUUGAAUAUAUAUACUUU